AUGUCUUCAAGUGCUGUUGAUCAACAAUUAUCAUCAAAUGAUACUGAUGCAUCUUCGGAAACAUUAUCAAACACCAACGAAGCUACAACUCCAACAACAACAACAGAAAAAGUUGAAAGUGGAAAAGUAAUGAUUUUAUUCCAAGCCGUUGGUAGUGCUCCAAUUUUGAAAAAGAAGAAGUAUACUAUUGGUGCAGCAAGUUCUUUUAAUACUGUGAUAGCCUUUCUCCGAGAUAAACUGCUGAGGAUUACAAAUCCAAACCAAACUUUGUUUUUAUAUUGUGGACAGGCUUUUUGUCCAAAUCCUGAUGAUUACGUUGGUGAUUUAUUUGAUCACUUUAAUACAAACGGAAUGCUCGUGAUUAAUUAUUCUCUUAAAAUUGCAUGGGGAUAA